UUUAUCAACGAACCACCUAAGUGGGAAAGCAGCAAUAUGGCUAAGUUCCUGAUAUGUCAUAUCUCGAUUCUUGUCUCGGUUCUUAUUGGAUAUGCAGUGUGUGCUGUUGAAGAUCCUUUGAUUAUUACUGAUUACUUAAACAACAAUCAAAUCAAAGAAGCGCGGGCUGCCGCAUUGGUUUCGUAUUCGCAAUUUAGAAACGUCACUAGUUACUCCGGAUACUUUACCGUCGAUCAAAGGUUCAACUCCAAUUUGUUUUUCUGGUUUUUCCCGUCGCAAGGAAACGUCUCUAGCGAUCCGGUAAUUCUAUGGCUGCAAGGAGGUCCCGGAAUCGCAACAGUAAGAAGUUUGUUUGACGAAAACGGACCGUUUAUCGUCGACAAAAAUUUGAACGUUACGUUGAGGAAUUACACUUGGACAAGAAAUCACUCAAUGUUGUUCAUCGAUAAUCCCGUCGGAGUCGGAUAUAGUUUUACCAACGGCGGAUACGCGCGGAACGAAACUAUAGUCGCCCAACAUCUGUAUAAAGCCUUGACACAGUUUUUCCAGCUGUUUUCGGAACUUAAAUCGAACGAUUUUUACGCGUCCGGAGUGUCUUACGCGGGAAAGUACUGUCCCGUUCUUGCCAAUUAUAUCAUCGCCAAGAAUGAAAACGCAACGUCUAAAAUUAAUCUUAAAGGGAUAAUAGUCGAAAGUCCCUUUGUCGAUCCACAAUUUCAAAGCAACUACAGCGAUUACCUAUAUCAGAUUGGUUUAAUUGAUAACAAGACUAGAGGCGUAUUCAAAGCCGUCGAGGAAAUAAUCGUAGCCGAUAUCAAGGCCGGCGACUAUCAGGGUGCUAUGGAUAACUACGCGAAGCUGAUAGUUCCCUACAAAGGUCCGACCCUGUUCCAAAAUGCAACUGGCUUUGACAAUGACUUAAACUAUCUCGAGGCGGUCGCUCCGACUCUUUACUUUCAAAAUCUCAUCACCCGAGAUGACGUACGUUCAGCAAUACACGUCGGAAAUAACAACUUUACGGCAAUUGGUAUCAACGUGUUCUUAAACUUAUUACUUGAUUACCCGAAAGGUGUAGGAUAUCAAGUAGCUAACCUACUAAAUCAAAACUAUAGGGUAUUGUUUUAUAACGGACAGACGGACGUCAUAACGGCUUAUGUUUUGGGAGAGAAUUUUCUAAGUCACCUAACUUUCAACCAGGCCGCUGAAUAUAAGAACGCGUCCCGAGUAAUUUGGCGUCUAGACAACGACGUUGCGGGAUACGUCAAGCAAGCUGGGACGCUCACAGAAGUUUUGAUUCGAAACGCCGGACACUGGGUCGCCAAGAAUCAGCCCAGAUGGACCUACGAGCUGAUUUUGAAGUUUACAAGGAACAACAUGACAUUUGGAUAAAAAAAAUUGCUUCGGUUACCAAAUUUAAUAAUUUAGUAAUUGUGCCUUUCACAUUUGGUAUUGUUGUAUACUUAGAUUCAAAAGUGCGUAUUGUUAUUAUUGUAUUAGUAGAUAGGAAACGGAUCACAUUUUCCAUUUCACAUUUAACUGUGGAUCAUAUUAAAUCAAGUUUCUUUUAUUUUCCAGCGGUUAAGUAAAUUAUAGUAUCAAUUUCUAUAUGAAACGUAUUCUUUAUUUGUGAUAUUAAGACAAUGUAUCUUUUUGUCGAAACCCGUUCGUUUGCUGUCCAAAAUCAAAGCUUCAGUACCAAACUUAAAAUUACCUAAGUAACAUUUGUCACAACGUUGCAUUUGGUUACCAUUUAGUGAAGGGUGAAACGUGGAAAUUUAUUGUCCCGCUCUUGCCAUAGCGAAGAAUAAAAACACAACUUCCAAAAUUAAUCUUAAAUGAAUCAUAUUCGAAAGCCCUUUUCUCAGCUCACAACUUCAAAAUAACUACAGCGAUCACCUGUGUCUGAUCGGUUUAAUUGAUAACAAUGCAAAAGGUGUAUUUCAAGCCGUCGAUGAAACAAUCAUAGCUGACAUCAAAACCGACGACUAAAAGGGUACUAUCGACAACUACGCGAAUCUUAUAGUUCCCUAUAAGGACCCUACUUAAUUCCAAAAUCCCAUGGGCUUUGACAACGACUUAACUAUAGGCCUGUUCGACUCUUUAUUUUUUUACCUAUAUCGUUACACAUUAAAAUAAGGGUCUAACAAACCAAAAUUGAAAAUAACUCAA